AAAGUUUAAAGUCUUAAAUAUGUGCUUCAUCUUCAAUAAACUCUAUUUAGCGGCACUACUACACUUACAUGUAUGUCUUUAACAGUCAACUGAACAAAAAAGGAGUAAAUAAUCUAGUUUAUUGUGCGUCUAAUAUUACCGAGCGUUUAAGCGAACAACACAUUAUUUAUCAACCAUAAAUCCACUUUUGCACGUUUGUAGCGCAACACUGAUGUACAUCAAGUUGUCUUUAGGCGUCAGUAGCACAGAGCUUGAUUUCUAUUGGUAGUUGCUGUUCUAACAGGGAGGUGCCGUUGCACUUGAUGAGAUGAGGAGCAUCUUGAAGCCGGUAUGAUGGAGGCAGAGCGAGAAAAUAUGAAUGUAUGAGAUCUACAGUCCACCGUCGUUUGGAGGCACAUUCAAAUUGUCGCAAAAAUGAAGAUUUGGAGCACUGAGCACAUAUUCAGCUACCCUUGGGAGACUGUGAUCAAAGCGGCUAUGAGGAAGUAUCCUAAUCCAAUGAACCCUAGUGUUGUUGGAGUGGACGUUCUUGACAGGAACUUGGACACACAUGGACGUCUACACAGUCAUCGGCUCCUCAGUACGGAGUGGGGGCUUCCAGCGGUCGUCAGAGCGAUUUUGGGGACAAAUCGGACCAUCACAUAUGUAAAAGAACAUUCCAUUGUGGACCCAGAAAAGAAAAAAAUGGAGCUUUGCUCAACAAACAUAACCCUAACUAAUUUAAUAUCAGUUGAUGAAAGGCUUGUCUACAGGCCUCAUCCAGAAAAUCCAGAGGUAACUGUGUUAACCCAAGAGGCGAUCAUCACGGUGAAGGGGGUCAGUCUGAGCAGCUACCUCGAGGGACUGAUGGCUCUAACCAUGACAGCCAAUGCAAGAAAGGGAUGGGACGCCAUUGAAUGGAUCAUUCAAAACUCUGAAAGGGAAAAUGUCCCUUUGUGUGACUUGUGUUAAACAGCCCUUGAGUGAGCCUAAGCAGCAUCACCAGCUCUGAAACCACAUCUGGCCUGCGUGAUUUUGCCCAAUCUCUCGUUGUGUUGAUGUUUGAA